CGUGUCCCACCUCCUUCCCACUCUGUCUCCAGCUCCAAAGGGGAAAGGGAAAAGGUAGCGAUGGAGACGCCAGGAGCCAGGGAGACUGCGGCGCUCUGAGAGUCCGAAAGAGGUUUCACUGCUCGGGGCUUUUAUUUCUCCUGCUCUGACUCGCUCCAAGGUCGAAGCCAGGUGAAUCGCUUGUGGAGGUGGGGCAGCUGGACGGGACUGGAGCACAAAUGGUGAUAGGUCGGGCCGUCGGCUGACAGAUAAAGGAGGAGUGGAAUGAUUGGCUGUGUUCACCUGAUGUGCUGGGCUGUGCUUGGCUUGGUGUCUGUGUGUACAGCACGGCCAGCAUUGACUUUCCCAGAUCAAGGCUCACUGAAACAGAGGCCAGAGGUGGAGACAUACCUCGCCCACCCAGGCCAGACCCUGGAGCUACGCUGUCGCCUGAGGGAAGAUGUGCAGAGCAUCGACUGGAGCAAGGACGGGGUCCAGCUGCCCACCAACAACCGAACCCGUAUCACAGCCGAGUUCCUGCAGAUCACCAGCUCAGUGCGGGAAGACUCGGGGCUGUACACGUGUGUCACUGAUGGGCCGUCUGGCAGUGAGACUUCACGCUUCGCCGUCAACGUCUCUGAUGCCGUGUUCUCAGUGGAGGAUGAUGAUGACGAGGACGAGGAGGAGGAUGAGGAUGACGACAUUCAUGACGCUGACCACGACGAAGAGAAUGAUUCUGAGGAAACGGCCAAAGGCAGAAAAGAAGCACGAGCACCAUACUGGUCACAGCCGGAAAAGAUGGAGAAGCGACUCCACGCGGUGCCCGCAAUGAAGACGGUGAAAUUCCGGUGUCCGGCUGGUGGGAACCCACUGCCGACGCUGCACUGGCUCAAGAACGGCAAAGAUUUCAAGCAAGACCACCGCAUUGGUGGCUUCAAGAUUCGAUCACAGCACUGGAGUCUGAUCAUGGAAGGAGUGGUUCCCUCGGACAAGGCCAAUUAUACCUGUUUGGUGACUAACAAGUACGGCAGCAUUAACCAUACCUACCAGCUGGAUGUUGUUGAACGGUCCCCUCACCGGCCAAUCCUCCAGGCUGGCUUACCUGCCAACAAGAGUGUGACGGUGGGCAGUGACGUGGAGUUUGUCUGUAAAGUGUACAGUGACCCACAGCCCCACAUCCAAUGGCUGAAACACGCUGAGGUGAACGGCAGCAGGCUGGGUCCUGAUGGCUCUCCCUACGUCUCCAUCCUGAAGACAGCCGGUCUUAAUACCACGGACAAAGAACUGGAGGCUCUAUAUUUACGCAAUGUUACUUUUGAGGAUGCUGGGGAGUAUACCUGUUUGGCGGGUAAUUCUAUUGGGAUUUCUCAUCACUCUGCAUGGUUGACAGUUCUUCCAGUGAUGGAGGAGAAGCCUUCAGCCCUAACCUCUCCUGUUUACCUGGAGAUCAUCAUCUACUGCACUGGAGCAUUCCUCACCUCCUGCAUGGUAGUAGCCGCCGUGAUCAUCCGCAUGAAGAGCUCUGCCAAGAAAGCCGACUUCAAUAGGCAACUCGCUGUCCACAAGCUUGCCAAGAGUAUCCCCCUUCGCAGACAGGUCUCCAUCGAUUCCAGUUCCUCCAUGAACUCGGGGGUCCUGCUGGUUCGUACUGCGCGCCACUCGUCCAGCGGUGCCCCCAUGCUGGCGGGAGUCUCGGAGUAUGAACUGCCGGAGGACCCACGCUGGGAGUUUCCCCGAGACAAGCUGACUCUGGGGAAGCCGCUCGGUGAAGGCUGUUUCGGGCAGGUAGUGAUGGGAGAAACCAUUGGCAUUGACAAGGACAAACCCAACAGGCCAGUCACUGUGGCUGUGAAGAUGUUAAAAGGUGAUGCCACUGAGAAGGAUCUGUCUGACCUGAUCUCUGAGAUGGAGAUGAUGAAGAUGAUCGGCAAACAUAAGAACAUCAUAAACUUGCUCGGGGCUUGCACCCAGGAUGGGCCUCUGUACGUCAUCGUGGAGUUUGCCUCCAAGGGGAACCUGCGAGAGUACCUGAGGGCUCGGCGGCCCCCUGGCAUGGAGUACUGUUACAACCCAACCCACGUACCUGUUGAGCAGCUGUCCUUCAAAGACUUGGUGUCCUGUGGGUACCAGGUAUCCAGGGGCAUGGAGUACCUGGCUUCGAAAAAGUGCAUUCACCGGGAUUUAGCUGCAAGAAAUGUUCUGGUGACUGACGAUAACGUGAUGAAGAUUGCAGAUUUUGGACUGGCACGGGAUAUCCACCACAUCGAUUACUACAAGAAGACAACCAAUCUGGCUAUUCAGAUUGGCGGAGGAAGCAACUGGUCCUUUGGCGUGCUGCUCUGGGAGAUCUUCACACUGGGCGGCUCACCGUACCCUGGCAUUCCUGUCGAGGAGCUCUUCAAGCUGCUGAAGGAGGGACACAGGAUGGACAAGCCAUCAAACUGCACCAACGAGCUGUACAUGACAAUGAGAGACUGCUGGCAUGUUAUGCCCUCCCAAAGACCAACCUUCAAGCAGCUGGUGGAAGACCUGGACAGGAUUCUGGCAAUGACUUCCAAUCAGGACUACUUAGACCUGUCGGUCUCCUUGGAUCAGUAUUCACCCAGCUUCCCGGAUACAAGAAGCUCCACAUGCUCCUCCGGCGAAGAUUCCGUCUUCUCUCACGAGCCUCUGCCGGAGGAACCCUGCCUUCCCAAGUAUCCAGGACACGGCAAUGGAUGCCUGAAGCGGAAACACUGAGCACAGUCGAACUCCCCGAGCUCACCGUCUUUAACUCGCUGAGUCAAAGCUGGUUUCCCUGCCCAGCCGUGUGUUGUGGCCUGUGGAACGUUCUUGUCUUCGGAGGCUUCCUCCCCCACCCCCACCCCUCCCCCCUGCCGCCGUUGCGAACCAACCUUUGUCAACUUUUCCUUGUUUCAGCAAAGCCGCGAGCCAUUCCCAGAGGUGAUCUCACUGAGCCGAAGCAUUCUGUUGGCAGGGGGAGGCGAGGACAGGCAUCGGUGGAAGCCUUCAGGAGCUGGACUGUGUGAGGCGUUGCCUGAUCAUUGAGAAUUUUGUCUUGCAAACCCCCCUCAACCCCCUCACUCCCUUUCUCCAGAACUCCCAGCUCCACAGUCUGUCUCCCUUACCUGCCUCCCCUCCACCACCAGUCUACAGGUCUGUAAGAGGCCAGCUUCAUUCGGGCAGAUCCAUUCAAACCAGUGGACUUGCAGCCUGUAUUGGACAGACAGUAAGCAUGCCCCCCCCGCCCCACCCAAAUCCAGGGAAGAAGGCUCUUCACAUGGAGCGGUGGAGUCUGAUGACUUUCAACAAGGAGGGAUCUUCCAUUGACCACAAAUUCCUGUGUGCUUCCUCGCUUGUGGACUACACUCAAGUUGCUGCCAGCUCCUCCCUGUGUCUUACAGCUGGCAUUCUGGUCAGGGACCGACAAGCACAAGCUGGUACAUGGAAUGCCAUUCGUUUUCCAAUUGGGAACUUAACUCCGACAGGGCGCAGAAAACAGCUCUCCUUACUUUUUGUAAAUAUAGCCAAAUAUGUAUAAAUAUAAAUAUAUUUACAGGAAUUUUUUUUUUUGUUUUUGUAAAGAGAAAGGGGCGAUUGCCACGAUAUGUACCGGUAGGAAUUUACAUAUAGAUAUCACAAUUGUCUCGGCUUUGUUCUUAGCUUGGGCUUUCUGCAGGAUCUCAAUAAAGGGAGGGGUGGGGGUUUGUUCAGAGAUCGGGGCAUUCUGGUGAUGGACUUGGGAUUUGUCAUAAAUAAAGGAAAUAUAUUGGAACUGGAUCUGUUAUGUCUUAGGUACAAGGGAUAGCAGAGAGAUGGGCUGAGUGUCAGCCGGAUAUCAUGGUGGACUGAAUAACAGCCUGGGAAACGGUGUGUGUUUUUAAUGUUUGGUUUUUUCCCCCCUUUGGGAUUUCCCAUGUGGCAUUUUGUGACCCAGCUGGGGCAAAGUUGGCACUCAGCAACAACGAUAUUGCCCCUUUGAGAGAGAUUGCCAACAGUGGGUCUGUGCUAUAGUUCUUUGCUCAUGGAUUGUGAGAAUGGGAUGUCGGGUUACCCUGUCUCAGUCUCUGGAUCACUUGAUUCCUGCCCCCUGCCCCCACCUCGCCAGCCCUGGGCCAUGCCAGGUAUCAACGUGUUGGGGUGCUACUGAUGGAGCUGAGACUGUCAGGUGAUGCCACGCUGGAGAACAAGAUGGCCUGUCAUUUUCCACACUGAGGAGCCCAAGGAGGUGCUGAGGAAACUCACUGAAGGCUGAUUCAACUGGGAAUCAAUGCUGAGAUGUCACCGCCACCCACCCCCACCCCGUCAGGAGUUGGGUGCCAGUAUGGGGCAGUCAGUGUGAACCUGUUGAUGAAGGCGGAUGGAAACGGUGCCAUCACAAUGAAGACUGGCCCGCUUGUGCCAGUGGCUCCCAACAGCAUUGUUUCCCAUGUCGAGCAGCCUCUGGGCAGUAGGAACAAAGCCUGCAGUGUGAAAGCUGGCAGCUGGCCGAGUGAGGGCAAAGCAGGGUAGUGCAGCGCUGUUGCUGGGCAGGCCCUGUCAGCUUUGCCAGGUUGGUGUUGGCACACCGCUUAGUGGCGGGAGAGACAUUGUUCGCCACCUCCCGCUGCCCCUCUGUCACUGACUGAGAUAAUGCUGGCUGUCAACAGGUUACAAAUGAUCUCUGAACCUGCAAUCUCUCGGGUAAUGUUCUCACACGUAGCAUGAGUCAGAUGGUCCAGCACACGAGGAGGCCGUGUUGUCUCUGUACUCACUGUUGGAGAAGAUGUUUUAUUAUCCUCAUUCCCCUGUCUAUCCCCAACAGACCAUCAGCAGUUUUUUUUUGUGAGUGACAAUUGAAACUGUCUCUCCCAGCCUUUCAGGCACUGUAUAUCAACUUGAGUAUAAGAAAUAUGUUUUUUUUUUGCUUUUGUCGUUUGGAUAUAUUUCCUUUUUUGUAACAAUUAUCGUAAGUCUGUGACCUCUCGUUUCCCUUGUCCAUUUCUCCCAGUCCACCCCACCACUUGUUGCACGUUUGGCUUGACAUUCUGGCGCCCCACCCCAGGGUUCUCUGGAUAUACAGUUGUCCUCGUUCCACUGAAUCGCUGAAUAAGAAUGUGUUUCAUGGGGGCUCCCCCACCUUGGGCUUUCAGUGUCUUUGAGAACGUUGAUUUUGUACAUCUUGAACAUGGGUCUCGUGCAAGCUGAUCUCUUUCCUUUCAGUGACGGCUGCCUAUGUACUGUUUGUAGGCUGUGUUCUCAAUGCGAACCAGUGUGUGCCAGAGGCAGUGAUGAUUUGACCAGCCUCUCAACCAGUCUUCUGGGUGGUCUUUCUCUGCUCCGAGCAAAAAUAUAUCCAAGGGAUCUCACUUCGGGCUGUCCUGAUGACAUGUUGUACUUCAGUCUAAAGUGUGUGCAUGAGUAAACCUGCUAUUACCUAAUUUAUUGUUUUUUUUAAAUAAAAAAAAUGAAUUUUUUUCCUUUUUUUUAUAAAUGUUUAUGCCAGUUUCAAAGUUGACCUGUAGUUAUUCUGAUAUUUACCACGUUUGUGAUUAAAUUCCUCAUAACAUUU